UCAUUUUCUACGAGUAAAUUUAACUGCAAGUCUUUUACUGUGAGUUAAUAAGUUAAAAAUGGUAUUAAAAAAGAUAGAUAAUCGUAUCCGAGUGUUAAUUGAAAAUGGAAUUGCAGAAAAUUAUCGAUCAAUGUUUGUUGUUAUUGGCGAAAAAGCUAGAGAUCAGGUUGUAUUACUUCAUCACAUGCUUUCAAAAUCUGUAGUCAAAUCCAGACCAUCAGUUUUAUGGUGCUACAAAAAGGAUCUCGGUUUCAGUAGUCAUCGUAAAAAACGAAUGAAAUCUAUUAAAAAGAAAGUGAAAUCGGGGAAAUUAAACGUUGAUGAAGAUGAUCCAUUUGAACAUUUCGUUGUAUCAACAGAUAUACGCUACUGUUAUUAUAAUGAGACUCAUAAUAUUUUAGGAAAAACAUAUGGGAUGUGUAUUCUUCAGGAUUUUGAAGCCUUAACUCCUAAUUUAUUAGCUCGAACCAUUGAAACUGUAGAAGGUGGAGGAUUGGUUGUUUUCCUCCUUCAAUCAGUCAACUCAUUGAAACAAUUAUACACGAUGAAUAUGGAUGUUCACAGACGAUUUCGUACAGAAGCACACAAGGAUGUUGUCUGUAGAUUCAAUGAACGAUUUCUUUUAUCACUUACAUCUUGCAACCGAUGUUUAGUGGUAGAUGAUCAAUUACGAAUAAUUCCAAUCUCUUCACAAACGUUGAAAAUUGAACCUGUAGUGAAAUCUGCUAUUGUUAAUGAACAAACUCAAGAAUUAAAUGAAUUAAAGAAUAGCUUUCAAGAUACUCAACCAGUAUCAUCAUUACUAAAUUGUUGCAAAACAGCUGAUCAGGCUAAAGCAUUGUUGAAAUUUAUUGAAGCUAUUUCAGAAAAAACUUUGAGAUCAACAGUCUCUUUAACAGCAGCCCGAGGACGUGGAAAAUCAGCAACAUUAGGUCUUGCGAUUGCAGGAGCAGUAGCGUUUAGUUACUCUAACAUUUAUAUCACAAGUCCAAGUCCAGAGAAUUUAACUACUCUUUUUGAAUUUAUAUUCAAAGGAUUUGAUGCAUUAGCAUAUCAAGAACAUCUCGAUUAUGAACUUCAUCAAUCUGAUAAUCCAGAAUUCAAUAAAGCCAUAGUUCGAGUGAAUAUCUUUCGACAUCAUCGACAAACCAUCCAAUACAUUCAUCCAACUGAUGCGCAUAAAUUGAGCCAAGCUGAAUUAUUGGUGAUAGACGAAGCCGCUGCUAUUCCUCUACCCUAUGUUAAAUCUAUGUUAGGACCAUAUUUAGUAUUUUUAUCAUCGACAAUUAAUGGUUAUGAAGGUACUGGACGUUCUUUAUCAUUAAAACUACUUCAACAACUGAGAGCACAAACAGCAACUUCAAAUAGUAAUGAUAAGUCUCUCAAAAAAAUUAAUGAAAAUAGUGUGAUUGGACGUCAAUUGCAUGAAAUUACUCUGGAAGAAUCCAUUCGUUAUAAAUCUGGUGAUAAAGUAGAAGAAUGGUUGACUAAUUUACUUUGUCUUGAUGCCACAAAACAUGCUCCAAUUCUAUCAGGGUGUCCACUUCCAGAUCUUUGCCAACUUUAUUAUAUAAACCGUGAUACUCUUUUUUCAUAUCACAAAGCUUCAGAGCUUUUUUUACAGAGAUUAGUUUCUUUGUACGUUUCUUCACAUUACAAAAAUAGUCCUAAUGAUCUACAAAUGAUGUCUGAUGCACCGGCUCAUCAUUUGUUUUGCCUUCUAGGACCUGUUGACCCAAAUCGCAAAACAUUGCCUGAAAUUCUAGUAGUAAUUCAAGUCUGUCUAGAAGGAGAAAUUAGUAAAUCUAGUGUAAAAGAAAAUUUAGGAAGAGGAAAAAGACCUUCUGGUGAUCUCAUUCCUUGGACGAUAUCUCAACAAUUCAAUGACAACAGCUUUCCAAAAUUAGCCGGAGCUCGAAUUGUUCGAAUUGCGACUCAUCCCGACUAUCAGAGCAUGGGUUAUGGAAAGAGAGCUAUGAAAUUACUCAAACAGUAUUAUGAAAUGAAAAUUCCAAAUAUUGAUGAGACAACAGAAGAAGACUCGAAAAAAACUAACGAUGAUGAAGAUAACGAAAUAGAUAUGUCUACAGAAAUUAUACAACCAAGAACUUCACUGCCUUCUCUUUUAUUAAAACUGAGUGAAAGACGACCAGAAAGAUUAGAUUAUAUUGGAGUAUCCUAUGGGCUAACAGAACCUCUUUUGAAAUUUUGGAAAAAGCUGGACUUUGUUCCUGUUUAUGUUGGUCAAACUACCAAUGAUAUUACUGGAGAACACUCUUGUAUAAUGUUAUCUAAAGUAAUAAUUGAUGAAGACCAAGACUUCAGUUGGUUGGAUGAAUACUGGGCAGACUUUCGUAGACGAUUUGUUAAUUUAUUAUCUGAUACAUUUGCAAAGUAUCCAACUUCUUUAGCACUUAGCAUGCUCGUUAAUGACUCGGUCACUUUAAAAAAAACAUUCAUGAAUAAAGAAACUCUUGAUGUAUAUUUUAUUCCAGGUGAUUUAAAGAGACUAGAAUUAUACAAAAAUAAUAUGAUUGAUUAUCGAUUGAUUAAAGAUCUAGUUUCAACAGUAGCAAAAAUAUACUUCUUUAAUAUGAUGGGUAAUGUAGAAUUAUCAGCUCUGCGUGUAGCAAUUUUGCUGGGAAUUGGUUUACAGCAUAAAACGAUAGACGAUUUAUCACAAGAAUUGAAACUUCCACAAUCGCAAUUACUUGGAUAUUUUAAUAAAAUGAUUAUAGAAUCCGUUAAAUAUUUUAAUGGCAUUGUUGAAGAGUCUAUUGAGAAGACAUUGAGCAUUAAUAAGAACGUUAAUGAAAAUAUCAUUGUUGAUGCAGAACAAGGAGAGGCUUUACAAAAAGAAUUAGAAGAUGCAGCUCGUAAAUUGGAAAUUCAACAGAAAAAAGAAUUAGAGAAGUUGAAGAAGUUAAAUUUAGAGCAGUAUGCAAUCAAAGGAACUGAAGAAGAGUGGAACAGUGUGCUCAAAGAUAAAGGAUCUAAAUCAUUAAUAUCUGUAAAAACUGGUGAAAAGCGUUUGGGUGAAGGUGAUCUUUCUUUAAAUUUGGAAAAAAAUAAUGAACUUAAAAAAAGGAAGAAAAAAAGGUUUUCUAAGUAGAUCUAAAAAUAUGUACAGCAUUUACUAAAAAUAAAUUUUAUUAUAAAAAAAA